CGACACACUGACACGGCCUGGUCAGACAGAGAGACGAACAUGGCCGAAGUGGACGGAAGCGAGCUGACUUCGGGAGGAAUCUUCCAGGAGAUCUUCACCUCUCCGCUCAACCUGACGCUGCUCAGCCUCUGCCUCUUCCUGCUCUACAAGAUCUUCCGCGGGGACAAACCUCCGGAGUUCGACGAGGCGGAGAAGCCGCUGCCCAAGCUGAAGAAGAGGGACUUCACCGUGGCCGAGCUGAAGCCCUACGACGGACUGCAGAACCCGCGGAUCCUCAUGGCCGUUAACGGCAAAGUGUUCGACGUGACGCGGGGGAAGAAGUUCUACGGACCAGAGGGACCUUAUGGAGUGUUUGCGGGCAGAGACGCGUCCAGAGGUUUGGCUACCUUCUGUCUGGAGAAAGAGGCUCUGAAAGACGAACCCGACGACCUGUCGGACCUGAACGCCAUGCAGCAGGAGAGUCUGUCUGAGUGGGAGGCUCAGUUCACCUUUAAGUACGAUUACGUCGGCAAACUCCUGAAGCCCGGAGAGGAGCCCAGCGAGUACACCGACGACGACGAGGCAAAGGACAAGAAGACGGACUAGAAAAGGAAAAAGCAACUCUGAAGGGGAGAAAUUAAGAAAUGCCUUAAUGUUUGUAAUUUGAUUCCUGUUGCCUCCUUCUAGGACGAUUCAGAGAAAACGCUUUCGGACCAAUCCUGGAUUUUAUACGUCGACUGAAGUCCGUUUAUUUCUGCAGACGGCAUUAACAGCUGAUGUAGAGCUGGGUAGUUUGGUAGAGUUUAGGUGUUAAAAACCAGCCGUGGCUGCAUUUCCGAUCCUCUUCUUAUCUCUGCUGUUGUUUUUUUUUGUGAUGCCGCCUGAAAAAAUAACAGAAAUAACAUUAAUCUUUCAUCUGAGGACCUCAGGCGUCGCUUUUCAUUUCAUAAAAAUAUAUCAAAGUUCUGCGGCUAGAAGCAAAUUUAAAGGAAAGUUCUGGUAUUUUUUUGUGUGAAAACAUCUACGACAGCCGCUUCAACUACAGUCCAGAGGAGUCAUUCCUACAUUUUAGGUUCAACAUUUCUAAAGCUUUUCAAAAUAAAAGCUGUUUUUAAAACCAGAAUUUACUUUAAAGAGGAGAGUGAAUGCAGUCGAACACGGAUGAGCCGAAGUGAAGUUUUUUUUAGAAAUAAACACAGCUACAGAUCUGCUUUAACUGCUUCUUUGUGCCGAAAUGCAUUUAAUUUCCAUCAAACAGCCAAAUGUUUGAUUCCUUUUUUCCACAAACUGCACAGAUGUUUGUGACAUUCCCACACAUCAGUUUGUUCUGACUGUAACGUUCACGGUGACAAUCCAGAUGUUUGCUUUGUUUUCUUUUAUCUCAACCGUCUCCUCUAAUCUCAUUGAAAUACAGUCAAUAAAACAUAACCCAGUUCAGUCAUCAGUACAUUUUUAGUGCGAUCUACGGUUUCAGCUUCACAAAUUUAAGGAUUUUCUUUGCAAUUUCUUUUGGGUUUUCGACUGCAGGUCAGACAAAAUAAGUAAUGUGCGAUGAUUCUGUGACAAAACAAACAGAAAAAGUGCUAAAAUGUGGUGUUUUUAAUGUUGAUUGCUGGAGGAAAGUGUUCAAGUACAAAACAUGGCUUUGUAUUUAAACACUGAUGCUGCUGGCAAACCGCCGUUUUAAAGAUGAAAACACAAGAAAUCAUAUUUAAUUUCCCCAUUCAGGUGAUGAUUGUUUACAUUCUCAUUAACACUAAUUGAUGGCACUAAUCAGCAGCAAACUAACGGUUAAUCUCUGGUUUUCCAACUCAAAUCACCACAUUUUCCUGCGUAAAUAAAACGAUGAACGUUAAGCUUUUCUUCUUAAAUUUGUCCCAUCCUGCAGAAACACGUUAAUUUAUAAUCCAGAAGGUUAAAUGUAAGGAGGUGGUGUUUUUCCGACUGUUGAAAAAUACGUUCCACUAAUGUUUUUCAUUUUCCGUCACCUCUGUAACUUUCCAUAUGAACAGAUUGAACGUUUUCAGUAUGUUUGUACAUAAUCCUCAUAAUACUGUCAUACUGGUGUAAUCCUCAAAUGAUAUUUUGAUUUAAUAAAAAAUACGACAAAAUGAA